GGAGUUUAUCAGUUGUCUUUUGCGAGAAUAUAUGGUGGAGCAUUAGCAAAUAUCAAACAACUGAUAAGAAAGACACGUAGAUGGUACUCACCACUAUUCCCGCGUUUAAGAAUUUACGGAAAAAGCCCAAUUGUAGUCUAGCUGCUCCAUUAAUCAAUGCUUUAACAGUCGUUCAAGAAUUAUUAGUUGAACACAACUGUUUUCGAUGCUUCAAAGGAUCAGUUCCUACAUCCAGAGAGUAUCAAUCGUAUCUCAAAAAAAAUUCUCUUUGCUUUUUUAAGCGAAAUAUCUACAUAGUCCUGACAAGAAUGGAAUCCUUCUAUUACUUACUGGAUAAUUUUUGGAUUAAUCAGUAUAAUGACUGUUCUCCAGCCCUCAACGAUGGACAAUCGAUUGAUUUACGACGAGGAUUGGCUGCUCAAUCAACAAAGUGCUGAAGAAAAUUACGAGGAUAUGUUCAAUGAAAAUACGAUAGACAUUUAAAUACAUUCAAGAAAUAUAGAUUUAUUGGGGUUUCAGCUCUCCCAAAUAUGUUAAAAUAUCUUCAAUGCAAUAAAUCUACUUCUUAAACUUA